AUGAAGGCUUUCUGCCAGUUAGUACUAUUGGUAACUCUAUUGAUCAUAUCUGGGGUUCUACCAUCUUGUGUUUCGCAAACAACGCGGCGCUUUGAAUUUAAUGUUGAGUGGAAAAAUGUGACCCGUUUGUGUCACAAAAAGCCACUUCUAACUGUUAAUGGAGAGUAUCCAGGUCCAACGAUUGCUGUUCAUGAAGGUGAUAAUGUCGAAAUUAAGGUGACUAAUCGCAUUGCGCAGAACACUACCAUUCAUUGGCAUGGUAUAAGGCAAAUUAGAACAGGAUGGGCAGACGGUCCAGCUUACAUUACGCAAUGUCCAAUCAGAGAAGGGAAGACCUACACAUACAAGUUCACUGUAAUUGAUCAGAGAGGCACCCUUUGGUGGCAUGCUCAUCAUUCGUGGCAACGAGCUUCAGUUUAUGGAGCCUUUAUCAUCCACCCUCGCACGCCGUAUCCAUUUUCAGUUCCAAUUCAAGAUGAAUUCCCCAUCAUCUUUGGUGAAUGGUGGAAUGGAGAUAUAGAUUCAGUGGAAAGUGAAAUGAUGAAGUAUGGAGGCGGCCCUGCCAUUUCAAAUGCCUAUACCAUAAACGGUUUACCUGGACCAUUCUAUAAUUGCUCAAACAAAGAUACAUUGAUCAAAACUGUGGAACAUGGCAAAACAUACAUGCUUAGAAUCAUCAAUGCAGCACUGAAUGAUGAGCUUUUCUUUGCUGUUGCUAAUCACACAUUGACGGUUGUGGAGAUUGAUGCAGUGUACACAAAACCAUUCAAAACCAAAGCCAUCAUGAUAGCUCCUGGCCAAACCACCAAUGUUCUUCUCACUGCUAAUCAAGUGCCUGAUUCCUCAGGCAUGUUCUUAAUGGUUGCCUGGACUUACCUCACAUCUGUUUUUCCUUUCAAUAAUUCCACCACAGCGGGUUUCUUGCAGUACAAGAACCUGAUGAGUACUGAACACACGAGUCAGCACCCGAAUAAGGUCACUACUUUUGAUCCUGUCAUGUACAACUUUCCUCAGAUGGAAGACACCAAAUAUUACACUAAAUUUUCUGACAACCUGAGAAGCCUUCACUCCCCUCGGUAUCCAUGUAAUGUGCCGAAAACUAUCCACAAACGGAUAGUAGCAGUUAUAAGCCUUAACCUUCAAGAUUGUCCUGCUAACAAAACCUGCAAGGGCUACGCCAACAAGAGGUUCUUUGCUUCAAUGAACAACCAGUCAUUUGUUCGUCCCGCCUUGUCAAUAUUGGAAUCUCAUUACAAGAAGCUCAAAACAAGCCAAUACUCCACCGAUUUCCCAGAGAAGCCUCGAAAGCCAUUUGACUAUACCGGGGUGGAUCCACUCACAGAAAACAUGAACACAGAAUUUGGUACCAAGAUCAUGCAAGUCCCCUAUGGAACAAACUUGGAAAUUGUGCUGCAAGGCACAAGCUUCCUUAAUGUGGAGAACCACCCCAUUCAUGUACAUGGACACAACUUCUUCAUAGUUGGUAAGGGGUUUGGGAACUUUGAUGUCUCCAAGGAUCCAGCAAAGUACAACCUUGUUGAUCCUCCUGAGAGAAACACAGUAGCAGUACCAAGUGGAGGAUGGGCCGCGAUUCGGAUCAAGGCUGAUAAUCCAGGAGUGUGGUUCAUACAUUGUCAUCUUGAAGAACACACUUCCUGGGGUCUUGCCUCAGGCUUCAUAGUUCAAAAUGGUCAUGGACCAUCUGAAUCCUUGCUUCCUCCUCCCAAGGAUCUUCCCUCAUGUUGAUCAAGACAUCAAGUACUAUCAGUGUUGCUUCAACAAAAUUUUGUUACACCAAGAUUUAGGCUUAUAUCUGUAUAAUCACUCGGUUUGAACUCAAAUAUAGUUGAAUUUAAACUUCUUCAACCUAUC